UCAAUGUAAAUAUCAAUAAAUGUUACCGUAUCAUCUAGUUUCUUUAAAAACUAUUGAAUUAUUUUAGAUAUAGUUAAUAAAAAUGAAGCGCACAAUAACAGUUGUUCUAUUGGCAAUCUUGUUUAACUUUUGCUUGAGUACUUUAUCUCCACCUUCAGAUAAAAAGACACAAAAGAAUAUUAAACCGCAGGAAGGCGCUAGGAAAACUAAUGUACAAGAUCGUAAAUUAGUGAUUGAAAAUGCUUACGUGAAAGAUAUUCUAAAAUAUCAUGCAACAUACCAUCAAGAUGUUUCAUUCAGGAACUUUAAAAACCCGGUAUUGGGUUAUGUGACGCCCUGGAAUAACAAAGGCUAUGAUGUUGCAAAGACAUGGGCUCCUAAAUUCAACUACAUCUGUCCUGUUUGGUUGCAAGUUAAGAGGCAAUCCCCUAGUAUUUACAUUAUAUCUGGAAUACAUGAUGUUGAUCACGCAUGGAUGAAGUCUGUAAGACAAAAAGGUUCACAGAGUAACUUAAAAAUUCUUCCAAGACUGCUGUUUGAAAAUUGGCAGCCAACAGAUCUGAAGGCUUUUUUUACGGAGCCCACAGCACAUGCAGAGCAACAAGCGCUAAUUAAUGAAAUAAAAAAAGCCUGCAAACAGUGGAAGUUUGAUGGAAUUGUUCUGGAGAUUUUCUCUCAAAUUGGAAAGUACAUUGAGAAAUCUGUCGAAUUCAUUCAGAAGUUUGGUUUAGCGAUGGAUGAAAAUGAUUUUAAGCUUAUCUUAGUUUAUCCUCCGUUCCGUGGUUACCCUAGUGAUGACUUCUUAGUGCAAGCGUUCAAUGAAAUAUAUCCUUAUGUGGAAGCUGUGUCAGUUAUGACUUACGACUAUUCUAAUCCACAGAAACCAGGUCCAAACGCACCAUUGACUUGGAUAAGAUUAUGUGUUGAAAAACUAAUGAAUAAUGAAGAUAGUUCGGAGAAGAAAUCAAAAAUUCUGUUAGGAUUGAACUUCUAUGGGAAUGCUUACACUGUUAAUGGUGGAGGUCCCAUUGUUGGCACAGAAUAUAUCGAUCUAUUAAAACAUGCCAGGAAUAAUCAAGCACUUACUUACAAUAAUAAGACUGGAGAGAAUUACAUUGAAGUUAGGACUCCACAAGGCGCGAAAAAGAUUUUCUACCCGUCUCUUUACUCCAUCCACAAGAGGUUAGAACUCGCACACAUGUAUGGAACUGGAGUUGCCAUAUGGGAAUUAGGACAAGGUCUUGAUUACUUCUAUGACUUAUUUUAAUCAAUUAUUAUACUAAGUCAAUUAUUUAACUAUAUAAUUAACAAAUAUUUAAAACAUUCACAAAUCUCAUGUGAAAUAAAUAUUGUAAUAAUAGUAGGCAAAUAAACUUGAGAUGUUAGUUUCCUAGAUGUGCCAUUUUUAACACUUUCAGUGCUAUAGUUAGUACACUUUCAUACGAAAACAAUGUCGUGGCAUUGAAUGUGUUAUGAUCA